AUUUGAGAAAUAGUUUUAAACAGUAUGUAAGUGCGUUUUUUGAACCCUGUACGAAAUUGUUAAAUAGGUAGUAAAUAAAAUAAUAGUUGUAUAUAGUUUUUUAGGGAAGAAAGAUGGCAAAAAGAAGUACUAAUUUUUCAUCUGACGAAAUCGAGUUGCUAAAACAUUAGUACAUAAACGAUGCGACAAAAUUGAAUGUAAGAAAUCAGAUUCAUUAACAUGGAAACAGAAACAGUCCAGUUGGGAAGACUUAGGUAAAGAAUUUAAUUGCAAUAGUAUGUCUCUUGAACACCGUCCAGUUAAUAUAUUAAAAAAGAAAUGGGAUAAUAUAAAAAAAACACUGAAACAAAAAGUGACAGCAGAAAAGUCCUAUAUUAAAGGAACUGGUGGUGGACCAGCAAAAAAUGUAUCGGUGUACAGUGUAUCUGAAAUGGAAACGCUUGAUCAUCUUACCACUCAAGCAACUGGAGAUUAUGCAGUAUUUGAUUGUGAUGAAGACAAUGAACCAGAUAUUUCUCAUAAUAACAACGAUAAUGAAAUUUCAAACAUUCCAUCAACAUCUAAAAUAGAAUUUAAUUCAUUAUCCAGUAAUCCUGGAAAGCAAGAUUGGGAUGAUUAUUCGCCAGCAUUAUUAAAGACUCCAUUAUCUAAACAAUUAGUAUCUUCACUAUCAGAUCCUGUACAGGAAAAACUUGCUUUUGUAUAUGAAAAGACACCCAAAAAGUGUACAGGCACAACUACCAACAAAAAGUGGUGCAAUCUUGCAGAUGAAAAAAUGAAAAUUGCAUGCUUAAACAAGACUAAAAUUGAGCUUGAAAUUUCUCAAAUGAAAGAAAAAUAUAUAGUUGAAAUGGAAAUAUUAAAUGUUGAGUUAGAAAUUAAAAAAAGAAAAUUGGAAUUAAUGAACUAAAUUAAUUUCA